AUGAGUAAUGGUCCUAAGCCAGAUGCAGCCAAGGUAAGAAGGGAUUCACUUUUGCAGCGAAACAUGCUGCUCAGUAUGAGACUUAACAACAGCGGUAAUAAUGAAAACCAACAAAUUGGUCAAUUAACCUCUGAAAAGAAUAAUGGGAAUUGGAGGAAGACCCUGGGAGUACCGAGAAAACUUUCCAUACGAUCCAGUAAAGUUGGCUCUCCCAUUACAGGGAAAGUAAACAAUACAACUCAUGGUAAUCCUAAUGUUAACGGGAAGAGGUAUUCACCACAACAUUCACCGAAGUUGAAUCUGAAGUCGUUAUCACUUAAGGAUUUCGAAAUUGGUAAAAAAUUGGGUAAGGGUAAGUUUGGUAGAGUUUAUUGCGUAAGGCAUAAGGUUACAGGGUUCAUAUGUGCCAUGAAAGUCAUGGAAAAGCAAGAGAUCAUGCAAUAUAACGUUCAAAAACAAUUCAGGAGAGAAGUUGAAAUUCAAAGCUCUUUGAACCACCAAAAUUUAACUAAAUUGUACGGUUACUUCCACGAUGAUAAACGUGUAUAUCUGCUGAUGGAAUAUUUGGUCAAUGGUGAAUUAUACAAACUACUAAGGGCCAAGGGACCAUUAGACGAUAUUUUUGCUUCUCACUACGUGUAUCAAAUGGCAGAUGCUCUUGACUAUAUGCAUCAAAGGAAUAUAAUACAUCGUGAUGUGAAGCCUGAAAAUAUACUGAUUGGAUUUGACAAUACUGUGAAAUUGACUGAUUUUGGCUGGAGUAUCAUCAAUCCUCGUGGCACCAAAAGGAAGACCAUGUGUGGUACCCUUGACUAUUUAUCUCCAGAACUCAUAGCUUCUAAAGAAUAUGAUGAUAAAGUGGACGUUUGGGCUCUUGGUGUAUUAACAUUUGAAUUGGUGGUGAAUUCACCACCUUUUGAAGAAGAUUCUAAAGAACUUACAUCCAAGAGAAUUGUCAGAGGUGAUUUAAAGUUUCCCAAUCACAUAUCUUCAGAUGCGCAAGAUUUAAUUACUAAACUACUACGACAUAAUUCAAAGGAUAGAAUAUCACUACGUGAAGUGAAGCAGCAUCCAUGGAUAACGAAAAACAGACCAUUUUGGUGA